AAUUUGUUUUAUUUUGCUUCUUCACUGCCUCUUGCAAACCAAGUGAGCCCUUCUCCGAUCUAAAAAACAUUCUUCUCCAAUCUAUUCAUCAUCACAUCUCUUCUCCUUCAUCAAUUCAUUAUCAUCUAUUCAUCUUUAUCCUCUAAAAACUCAAUCAUUCGUGUCUAAAUCUGUCCUCGACGAACUUAAACUGAGAAAGCGAGAAACCGACUCAUCAACCUUGUUUAAUGCAAUCUCGCUUAAAGCUGGAAUAAGAAAGUUUGAGAUCGCCGUGGACGAGACCGUCAUCGUCCGAGCCUCAUAGUCGGAGUCGCAGCCGUCACACUACACACAGCUUUUUCAAAACCCUAAAAUUUUUACAAGUCUGGGCUUAUUAAUUGUGGGUUGGGCUUAUUGAUUGUAUGUUGGGUUUUGUUAAGUGUAUUGGGCUUUUAUUUUGUUGUAUUUGUAAUAGACCAAUUUUUUUUUUAAUGUGUAAACCGGUUAAACCGAAGAAAAAAAAGAAUUUAAUUCAU